AUGCCUCUACAAAAAUCCUACUCGGAUCAAGUUGGUCGAACUAAGCGCUUGCCAUGGCAGCGAUCGAGGAGCAACCCCGUUCAACAAACACCAAGACCCCGGGCACUCCAGCCUGUGUCCGAGGUGACCAAGAACAAGCUCAAUAAGUUUCAGUAUCACACCGUGAAUGGCGAAGCAGCCUCAGAGAGCACAGAAAACGAUCAGAAUGUAUCAAGCAACCGAACCAAGGACGAUACAACGACGACGCCCGCUACUCGAUUGACCUGGCAAGAGCUGCUCGAACCUGCAGGUGGUACCGAAGAUGACACGACGACAUCGCCGAAUGAUCGGCUUCUCUGGGACAACAGACAGGAUACAUUGUACAUGCCAGCAUUAUCUCCCAUGCUGAACCGCAAAGGAGCAAGAAAACGUGCUAGGAGCUCAUCGCCUGUUUCGUCUCCGGUAGCGGACAAGUCCAAUACACCCUCGGUAAACGUCAGGAAGCUGGCGCAAGCCCUCAAGUCACCACACGCGGAUCCAACACUGGAAUUAUGGGACCGAUACUCGCUAAACGGAACCGACAACGCUGGUAGUCCUCUAGGACUUGCGAACCCUGCACUUGCACAGUUGAUGGUGUCGUCUUCGCCGCGGCCAUCAAAAGCAACGGUUGGCGAAACGAAUCUCAGACGAGCAAUAAGUUGUGGUUUGAAUUGGCCCAAGAGGAGAAGGGUAGAAAGAUCAACGUCAGGUAGUCGCCUGAGUACCGAGAUGGAAGAGAUGGAGGCAUCCAAGUCUUCAAUGGUAAAUGCACUGCUCGAUACGGUGACUAGUAGCAUCAACGGGCCAAGUGAGGAGCCCCAAGAUGCUCCAGAAUCUCCUUCUCCUAAGAAAAGACGGAUAUACACCACUAGCAGUGGCUCUCCACGCCUCUCGAAAACCCGAGCCAGGUCUCAAACGCCUGCAGAAGACCCUGCGCAACAGCAUGUCCAAGUUCCGGCUCGAGCUCCAGUUCAAUUACCACAUCCAGAACCUGCUUCCUCGGACUAUGGUGAUGAUGACUUUGACGAAUUUGACGACGACACCAUCAUGCAACUUGAAGCCAGCAUCAACACUACUCAAUUGGAAGCGAAUCAGCAACCCGAGGUAGUAGCAGCCGAAAACAAUCCGGUAACCGAGAACGAUAAAAAAACACCAGAAAGUUUUGGCGGCAAGCUGGACGAAUUUGACGACCUGGACGAUGACUUCUUCGACGAGGCAGAAGAUCUAAUUACUGCGGACUCUCAACAAGUAUCACAGGCUCCAGCAACGACAGAACUUGACGACUUGGAUGAUGAAUUUGGCGACGCAUUUGGCGGAGACUUUGAUUUUGAAGCCGUAGAACUGGCCGCAACGCAAGCAGCCCAGAACUGCUCCGGAGACAAGCCUACGUUCACAUUAUAG